AAAACGUGGAAUAACGUCAACGAUUUCUUGCACAAUAUUGUCAUAACAAAUAACAUCUUAAUCAUUCAAAAAACUCAAAAAAUAAAUAGGUUAGAGACGCUUUAUCUAAAGCAAGACAAUAGACCAAAAACAAUGCUUCGAUAUUGAUAAUUUCCAUUCCCUCAAAAACAAAUAGCAAUGGCGGCGUUAAAACCGACCACGUGCAAGGAAGCUAUAGCUCGUUGGGAGAAGACGAAAGGUGAAAAUUCCACUGAAGCGAAAGUGAUCGAGCUCCAAUUCCAAUGGCCUCCUAUAGAAAAGAUGGAUGGCGCUCUGUCCACUCUUGUAAACUGCGAAAAACUAAGCCUAUCAUCGAACAUGAUUGACAAAAUAGCUGGGAUUGCUGGCAUGAGAAAUCUGAAGAUAUUGUCUGUUGGAAGAAAUUAUAUAAAAUCAUUAGCAGGAGUGGAAACUGUAGCAGAGACAUUGGAAGAAUUAUGGAUAAGCUACAACCCGAUAGAUAAAUUGAAAGGCGUCGGGACACUCAAACAAUUAAAAGUUCUGUACAUGUCUAACAAUCUGAUCAAAGAGUGGGUGGAGUUUAACAGGUUGCAGGAAUGCCCUAAUCUAAGGGACUUGGUCUUCAUUGGCAACCCUAUAGUUGACAGCCAACCAGACGUGGACACCUGGCGUACCCAGGCUUCUACUCGACUCCCACAAAUUACCAAGCUGGAUGGCAUACCGAUCAUAAGGGAGUAGACGAUUAUUCUAAAUUAUUUCUUAAAAUUAAUGUUAUUUUGAAGAAGCUAAUAUUUAAUUUUAAUCACAAGAAGUAUAUUAAAAUAUUCUAUUUACCUAAUAUAA